AUGCACUACUAUUUCAAGAUUCCUUUAAUGUUGGAACAUACGUCGCACCCUGUAGGAAAGUCAGCAACAGUUAGCCACUACGUAGAUGGAAAAGUCAUUGACAAAAUCCACGAACUUGUAUCGAAAAAUAUCACCAAUCCCGUGAUAGUUAGUAAAUGUCUUGAACAAUAUAUCGAGAAAGAGCUUUUUGGUAAUAGCAGCGAAAAACCAAGUAAAUCCAACCGAAGAUACUACCCCAGUAGGCAGGAUCUGCGCAACCACAUUGCAAAAGCAAUUAGCGUGAACAAAUAUUCCUGUGAUUUCCAAGAAUCCUUACGAGUGAAAGUGGAUGAAUGGAAGAAGAAAUCUCCAAAUUCCAAGGACAAGAGAUGAAGUUAGUGGCUGUAAAGAAACAAAAUUCUUAUUUGUACAUCAGGAGGAAUGGCAAAGAAAACUUCUUUUAAGGUACGGUGGAGAGCUCGUUCUUAUGGACGCAACAUAUGAAACGACGAAGUACGCCAUCCCUCUAUUUUUCGUCUGCGUACAUGGAAAUACUGGAUACACGGUUGUAGCUGAGUUUAUGUGCCAAAAUGAGGACUCGGCGAGCAUUGAAGAGGCCCUUGGAAUUUUGAAAACUUGGAAUCCAUCCUGGAAACCGAAGUAUUUCAUGGUUGAUUAUUCUCUAGCAGAGAUAGACGCCAUUGAAAAAUCUUUCCCCAAAGGGUCCGUAUACAUAUGCGAUUUCCACAGGAUACAGGCGUGGCAAAAGUGGUCAAAGGCUGGGAAAAAUUGUCUGAAUCAUGACGAUCAACAGGAAUUUGUUAGACUGUAG